AUGGUGUCAAAGACCUGGAACAUAGAGGUGUUUGGCAAUAUAAAUCAUCAACUUAAGCAAGCUGGGGAUGAGCUUCAUGCUUUGGAUUUGGUGGCUGGGACAAGACCUCUACAACCACAAGAAUGCACUAAAAGAAGGGAAUUUAGAGGUUUAGUCUGGAAAUUAAGACAGAAAAAUGAGCGGCUUUGGCUUCAAAAAUCCAGAUUGAAUUGGGAAAAAAAUCGUGACGAAAACACCUUCUUCCAUGUCAUAGCUAGGAAAAGGCAGUGUAGGAGCAUGCUUGAUUUAAUGGUUGUGGAUGGUGGAAGGCAGGAAGAUCCAGGGAAGGUGAGGAUGAUGGUCCUAAGGCACUUUACUAAGCUUCUUCAAGAGGAAUGGCCAUCCAGACCAAAACCAUCAGGGCCAUUUCAUAAGAUAAGCAAUGGUAAGGUUGUUGAAAUAGUGGAAGCUGAAUUCUCCAAAGCAGAAGUUUGGGCAGUUGUAAAGGAUUGUGAAAGGAAUAAAGCACUAGGGCCAGAUGGGUUCAACUUGGCAUGA